UUGUCGACGGCAGACACAGUGAGGCGGUACCUAAUCAGUGUUCUGAAAAAAAAAGUCGUUCUUUAUUUAGUUUUGUUGUAUUAUUUCUGAAUUUAUCUAGUGUUUUAAAUUUCUAGCUAAAACUAUGGCUUCUUCGGAUGUUGCUCGGCAGCCGGAUAAGGGAGUCCGACCCCUGUCUCUGGCAGGACAUGUUGGCUUUGACAGCCUCCCAGAUCAGCUUGUCAACAAGUCCAUCUGCCAGGGCUUCUGCUUCAAUAUUCUCUGCAUUGGUGAAACAGGUAUUGGCAAGUCUACCCUGAUGGACACUCUGUUCAAUACCAACUUUGAGAACUUUGAGUCAUCCCACUUUGAGCCUCAGGUGAAGCUGCGGGCGCAAACCUAUGACCUGCAGGAGAGUAACGUCCGACUACGCCUUACCGUGGUCAACACUGUAGGCUUUGGAGACCAAAUGAACAAACAAGAGAGCUAUCAGCCGGUGGUGGACUACAUCGACAGGCAGUUUGAGAGUUAUCUACAGGAGGAGCUUAAAAUCAAACGCUCUCUGCACAACUACCAUGACUCACGAGUCCACGCCUGCCUUUACUUCAUCUCCCCCUCGGGUCAUUCACUCAAGUCCCUGGACCUGGUCACUAUGAAGAAACUAGAUAGCAAGGUGAACAUAAUUCCAGUGAUCGCCAAAGCUGACACCAUCAGUAAGAGCGAGCUGCACAAGUUCAAGAUCAAAAUUAUGAGCGAGCUGGUCAGCAACGGCGUCCAGAUCUAUCAGUUCCCUCUCGACGAUGAGACGGUCGCUAAGGUCAACACUACAAUGAAUGGUCAUUUGCCAUUUGCAGUCGUAGGCAGCACAGAGGAAGUCUCCGUCGGCAAUAAGAUGGUGAAGGCUCGUCAGUAUCCCUGGGGUGUAGUCCAAGUGGAGAACGAGAGUCAUUGUGACUUUGUGAAGCUGAGGGAGAUGCUGAUCUGCGUAAACAUGGAGGACCUGAGGGAGCAGACGCACACUCGGCAUUACGAGCUGUACAGGCGGUGUAAACUCGAGGAGAUGGGGUUCAAAGACACAGACCCAGAGUGCAAACCUGUCAGCUUGCAACAGACUUAUGAGGCCAAGCGUCAGGAGUUCCUGGUGGAGCUGCAGAAGAGGGAGGACGAGAUGAGGCAGAUGUUUGUGCAGAGAGUGAAGGAGAAGGAGUCUGAGCUGAAGGAGGCUGAGAGAGAGCUGCAAAGUCGUUUUGAGCAACUGAAGCGCCUUCACGCAGACGAGAAAGCAGCUCUGGAGGAAAAGAAGAGGCUUCUGGAUGAUGACCAGAGUUCCUUCAGCAAGAGACGAGCUGCCGCUCAGCUCCUGCAGGCCCAGAGCCUCACUGCCAAUGGCAAGAAGGACAAGGAUCGCAAGAAUUCCGGCUUCAUGUGAAGACAUUUGGAUCUGAAGUACACUCCAUUAUGACCAGUAUAACCAGUGACAUUCUGACCAUGUUCUUUCCAGCCCUUUUGUGGCCAGUCUCAAACACUAACCAGGAAAAAAAACCUACACAAACCAGCAGAGUGUGUGAGUGUGAGUUUGUGCCAAAGUUUAAUGACUGUACCCAUGAAUCCUGUGUACACUUUGCUCAAUGGUAUUUUUUAAUCUUCUUUAUGGGUUUUAUACCUCUGUGUAAGAUUUUAUAUUUAUCCUUUCGUUUUGUAUAAGACUUUCAUUUUCCAUAUGCCUCCCUCUUUCUUUUUUUUAAUACGUCUGUGUAUUGAUCGUCACACAGCCUCCUCACUAAAUGCUCUACAUUGAUCAACACUAUACUGAAAGGGACUUCUUCACUUACAUUUAAUCUGUCUGCCAUAUCAUUAGUGUGUAUUAAGAGCACUCUAAUUGUUUGUAAUGCGGUCUUAUGACUUUGGUAUUGAGAAAAAAACAUCUGUGUCGUGCUUGUAAUUUAUUGUAAAGCCUCUUUCAGACAUACACUUCAUGAGGAGACUUACAUUUUGGUCUCAGUGUCUAAAUAAAUGCAUCCUUUUUUCAAUUAAAGCUGCGUCAGCCAUCUAACAAAACACGUCUGAAUGUGGGAUUAAUCUAAAAGCUACAGCAGUUUCGAAAUUCUAUUUCACAAAGAAAAGAAAAUCAGUUUAAUAAACGACGAAACAACAAUGUAAACUCUCUAAAUUUGGCAUUUUUUGCUGAAUUUUCUGCUCUAUACAUACGCGAUGACAGAUGAGAAAAUUCAUCAGGAAAUCUGCAGUGUUUGUUCGCUCAGUGAGAAGAGGAUGCGAGCGAGUCAUUAAUAAAAAGAUAAACAAUCACUUUAUUAUAUUUUCAAGCCACAGCUGUUCUCCUGCAGUGAGAGGAAAUAUAGCGAGAGUGUUUGCAGCUCUCUGUGUAAUAGUCCUGUCAUGUUUAAAUGGAGCCAUUACAGAAUAAUUACUCCACAGAGACCUUUGAUAUUUAACAGAUCUGCAGCUCCGGCGAUGUAACAGAAUCCAUGUCUGAAAGGGGCUUAAGUGAUCAUUUCUGAAGGUCGAUCAAGUGCAUUCAUCAUCGAGAAUUGUCAUAAUCAGGGUCAGAGGGCAUUAUAAUUCCUUGUCCUUCUUCUGUGUUGCGUCUGAUUUCUUUUCCCCUCACACCUCCUUGAUGCUAUAAACUUUAAAUACGAGCACACCAGCAAUACAAAAACCUGCAGGAGCCGCACUGACUCUUCUGUCGCCCUUCCAAAGACACUUCUCUUGCCCAGCCCCAGUUUCACAGUCUUCUAGGAGGGUGAAGCUGAGGCUUGGUUUUGGAUUAGGUACAUGUUACAGCAUAUAUUUAUAUAUAUAUUGUGUUUUACUUGCUCCCUUAUUUUUCUUACUGACACAAACAGUUGAAGUUUGCAACGCACUCUGUCUGAAAAGAGCUGACUCAUGGAAACAAUGCAUCAUGUCGAGUCAGUGUUUGUCGAGGGGAGUACGGGGAGAGAGGGGAAGAUGCAUUUGUGACUGUAUUUUUAUCAUUUCUUUAUUCACAUGUGUCUGGACGAGACAGGGUUUCACACCUCGCAGCAUUUUUACAGUACAGAGUAAAACACAACAGUAAAGUGUGAUUUAUAAACCGACAUCGACUCACCAACACUGCCACUUUAUAUUUACACUAGUGUUAGUGCCUUAUCUGUGUGAAGCUGACUUAGAAAUACACUAUCCACUUAACCUGUGCAUCCAGGGAAACACACUUAUGUCAAUCAAGCUUGUCUAAGACACAUUUUUGCUACACUUGUAUUUAAGGAAUAAACAGUGUUAUUUGGGAGCUUUUUUUUUUUCCUUCUUGCUAAAUAAAUCUUUGUAUUUUUGUCAUGAUA